GAGUGUGUGUGAGUGAGAAAGUGGGAGAGUACUCCCAGUGCAGUCUGAUCAGUGUUACGGUCUCCGUCUCGCUAUGUGGAUUACAGCUCCCACUGCUUGCUGGAUUGCCAUUCACAUUACUGGGAACAUAAACUGAACGAGAGCAGAGGAUUUCUACUCAAGUGUUUUGAUUUUGACAGCAGUGACUUCAACUCCAAGUGUGAGGAGGACUUUUACAUUUUGAUUAGGACUGCUGCAGAUGAUAAGGGAGAUGAAUGGCCGUGCCUUGCCUCCGUCGAUACCUGAGGAUGGAGAAGCCCCAGACCAUGUAACUCAUGGGGAAAUGAACGGAUACCGCCAGAGGAUUCGGGAUGGGGAUGGGGGCGAGGCUGAGGUCCCGGUGUCAAAGUCCCAGAGACGAAAGAGUGAUGUCAAAGUCUAUAAGGAGUUUUGUGAUUUUUAUGCUCGCUUCAACAUGGCCAAUGCUCUGGCCAACGCCAUGUGCGAGCGCUGCAAGAGUGGUUUCGCCCCGGCGGAGAAGAUCGUGAACAGCAACGGGGAGCUUUACCAUGAACAGUGCUUUGUGUGUGCCCAGUGUUUCCAGCAGUUCCCUGAGGGACUCUUCUAUGAGUUUGAAGGCAGGAAAUACUGUGAGCAUGACUUCCAGAUGCUGUUCGCUCCCUGCUGCCACCAGUGCGGUGAGUUCAUUAUCGGUCGUGUGAUCAAGGCUAUGAACAACAGCUGGCAUCCAGACUGUUUCUGCUGUGAUAUCUGCCAGGCUGUGCUCGCCGACGUUGGAUUUGUCAAGAAUGCUGGAAGGCACCUGUGUCGUCCAUGUCACAACCGAGAGAAAGCUCGUGGCCUCGGCAAGUACAUCUGUCAGAAGUGUCACGCCAUCAUCGAGGAGCAGCCUCUCCUUUUCAAGAAUGACCCCUACCACCCGGAUCAUUUCAACUGCAACAACUGCGGUAAGGAGCUGACGGCUGAUGCCAGGGAGCUGAAGGGGGAGCUCUACUGCCUGCCCUGCCAUGACAAGAUGGGUGUUCCCAUCUGCGGUGCCUGUAGGAGACCCAUCGAGGGCCGUGUGGUUAACGCCAUGGGCAAGCAGUGGCAUGUGGAGCAUUUUGUGUGUGCUAAGUGUGAGAAACCCUUCCUUGGACACCGUCACUACGAGCGCAAGGGUCUGGCUUACUGUGAAACACACUACAACCAGCUGUUUGGAGAUGUUUGUUACCACUGCAAUCGUGUUAUCGAAGGAGAUGUGGUGUCUGCCCUCAACAAGGCGUGGUGUGUCAACUGUUUUGCCUGCUCUACCUGCAACACCAAGCUCACCCUCAAGAACAAGUUUGUGGAGUUUGACAUGAAGCCAGUGUGCAAGAAGUGCUAUGAGAAGUUCCCUCUGGAGCUGAAGAAGAGACUGAAGAAGCUGUCUGAAACUGUUGCACGAAAGUAACCACACAGUUGAGAUGUCAUGUGUCUGGAAUGUAAAAUCCAAUAUGAUGACUUGUGUGUAUUGUAUGAAGCAGUGAGUGGAAACGAUCAUGUUUUAUUUUCAGUACAACACUCCAUAUUUUCUUCCUUUUACUUACAGAUAAUCUUUUCAUGGGCCUCAAGCUGACAGAUUGUUGGUGUGUCUAUCAUUAGGUUUAACAUUAACCUGUUCAGUGCCUUUUGGCUCAAAUACUGCACUGUAUACUUUUCACAAGCUUGCCUUAUUUCAUCACGUAAACUUAACCAAAACACAGAUAUUGGUGGUCCUGUAUUUCAAAAUAUGUAUGUGCUUUAAAACAACAUGAAAAUGAGAGAAUAAAAAGUGUAUCUCCAAGCUAUAAAUGUGCUUGCAUACAUGCGCCGAAAUGCCAAGCAACGUGUCCUGUGUUUGACUAAUGUUACUUACUCCUGUAAAAUUACUGAUUAAAUCCAAAGAAAGUUGAAGACAAUAUGUUCUUUCGAAUGUGUAUAGCAUCUCUAUUGUAUUCUUUCCCACCAACUUACUAUUUUAUAUAUUAUUAUAUUAUUAUUUUCUUGAAUUUAUGCGCAAAACUUUUUUUUUGAGCUCUAUCAAGCGGAUUAUUGUAUGUUUUUCUUUGAAAUCUUACUUUGGUUUUUUAAUGCUACAUUAUUGCUCUCAACCAUUACAUGUAUCCUGUUGGAUUACCUUUUUAUGUUGUAUGCAUUUCAUGUGUGAAACCAUCUGUACACUGGUGUUAACAUAUAGCUGGAGCCAAGCUCCCUCUUUCAAUAUAAUGCAAUCUAGUACAACAGCCCUGGAAUAGAAAGCAAGUUUAUAAUGUUCCACUUUUGUUUCAUCUGCUGCCAUGAACAGUAAGGUAUCCAGUGCAAGUUUAAGAAAUACCUUUGACACAUUGUCAACUAACACUGAUGAUUAAAAUGUUCACUUUGACAGGGUUUACUGCAUGGCAACUGUUAACUCUUGUUUGUUACAACAUGACGCCUUGUGACAUGUGCAACGACCGGAUGUGGGAGUAAUGUUAGAUGUUGAACAUGUGUCUCUGCUGUUUGUAAUCCAGAGAAAGCGAUCCUCUUAAAGAGGUUUACCGACUUCCUCAAGGCUCAGACCUCUUAGAAAAGAAAGCCAACUGUUGUAAAUUAGAGAGAAUCAUUUCCAUUCUGAAAUAAAGUUUCACUCAAGCAGUAUUUUAUCAUAACAUGCCUUUGACACAGUGAUUAGAAGAGAAAGACAUUCCAUGCUACCAUGGGAAUAAGAAGUCCAAUGUUACUUCAGUGAAUUUCAUUGCCGUAUGCCAAAAUAUUUAACAUGUCUUGUCACACUAUCCACUGGACUGUUGUGAAGCAGAACUUCAGCUCCACUAAAAAUAGUUCAGUGGAUAUUUUUAUUUGAUAUCCUAGUACCUAGAUGACUGCAAUGCCUCCACACAAAAACGACAUUGCCCUUAUACUGUACUCACAAUGCUUGUCAAAAGACAGUAUUUAUUCAUUUAAUGUUAACACUCAAAAGUGCUGUUUUUUUUAAAUAUAUCUGUGAAAGGCUGUCUACUCAUCUGAAUAAAUAUAUAUUAAAUCCCA